CAUAAAUUGAGACUUGCAAUCAUCACUUUGGGCAUUUCUGCUGCUGGCACAACACUGGAUAUAUUGACAAUAUGGCAAUGAAGGCUACAGCCACUGUGUUUCUGUUUUUGAGUCUCUUUGGAUUGAACACCGGCCUCUACAGAAAACAUUAUUAUGUGGAUGAGAGAAAGCAGUGGUCAAGUGCACAGCAAUACUGCCAAACUCACCAUGAUGACCUGUCCACCGUUAGCAAUGAAUUUCAAGAACUGCAACGACUUUCUGAUAAUUCACAGGUCACUGGUGAUUACUGGAUUGGACUUCAUAGUGAUGCCUACUCAAGACUGUGGAAAUGGACAGGAGGUGAGGAUGCAACUGAUGUCAAGUGGGACAGGGGCGAACCAGAUACUUAUUGGCAUGAACAAUGUGGCAAGGUCGAAAAGUCCUCUUCUAAAGUUCAUGAUGCUUAUUGCAGUGGGUCUUUACCAUUUUAUUGUAUGGAGGUCUUUGAGCUGAUCGUGGUGAAGCAGGAGAACACGUGGGAAGAGGCUCUGGAAUACUGCAGACAAAACUACAUUGAUCUUGCCAGUUUAAGCUCAGAUGUGAUUAUGAAGGAGGCAGAAGAUAAGAGCACAGCCCUGACAGAUGAUGUUUGGAUUGGUCUGCGCUUCAUCGCUGGUCACUGGUUCUGGCUAAAUGGAGAAGGUCUGGACUAUAAGGUCUGGUCUGCGGGUGGAGAGCUCCAGUGUCCUGCCAUGGAUCAGCGCUGUGGGGUUUAUGAUGUAAAGAAGAAGGUUUGGAAACCCGCAGACUGUGAGCAGAGACUCAACUUUCUCUGCGUCAAGACUGUUGGCUAACACUGGCACAUUUAUAGAAAUGUUGAUU